AUGUAUCGCCAGAUCACCGUACAUUCCGCGGAUCAGCCUCUUCAACGCAUCUUCUGGCGAAGGAAAUGCACCGAACCAUUAAAGACGUAUCAAUUACAAACCGUGACAUACGGCACUAACUCGGCUCCCUUUCUCGCCACUCGAGUGCUGCAGCAGCUUGCCGAGGAUGAACAAAAUCGCUACCCUCUGGCAGCUCCGGUUAUCCGCAAGGAUAUGUACAUGGACGAUUUACUUACUGGAAGAAAUGAUUUGAAUGAGCUUAAACAACUGUGUUCAGAAUUAAUAUUGAUUUUUGAGAGCGCAGGAAUGCAGCUCAGAAAAUUUUCCUCCAACCAACAAGAAGUUCUCAACACAAUUCCGACAGAGUUACGUGAAACCAAAGAUCUGGUUGAAUUCGACUCAGAAGCACCAAUUAAGACUCUCGGAUUGCUCUGGGAACCUUCAUCCGAUUCCCUCCUCUACAAACUACCGAAAUUUUCUCGUCAUGAACAGUAUACGAAACGAAUAAUUUUGUCGCAACUUUCGAAACUGUUCGAUCCACUUGGACUUGUACAAGCAUCAAGUCCAUCAACGUGGCAGACGUUUGUGGCCAACAGAGUCGCAGAAAUUCAGGAGAUCACCAGCAACUGCACUUGGAAUCACGUUCCGAGCGAACAGAAUCCCGCGGAUUUAAUUUCUCGGGGAGCAGGGAUUGAUCAUCUUCUGAAUAGCUCACUGUGGUGGAACGGUCCGAACUUUUUAGUGGAACUCGAUGUGCCGUGGCCUGAUCCACCAGGAGAUUUUCGCCGCAUAAAUGAGGAAUUUCUCGAAAAACGCAGAGGAACAGUCCUUACAAUUGCCGAGUCGCAAAACACCGAAAUAAUUUCUCGUUAUUCGUCGUUCACAACAUUUCUCCGCAUUAGCACACUUUGCCGACGCUUUGUGAAUAAUUGUCUCGCUCGAACUCAUUCAAAAUCAAAUUCUAAUGAAGUGUUCACUCCUCAUCGCUCCGGUUUCAUAACAGUAGACGAGCUGAAUGAAACUCUCCAUGCUGUCGUUCGUGAAAUCCAGCUAGACCACUUCGCUCCAGAGUUAUCUUCACUCCAAAAUGGAAAACAACUACCACAUUCAUCUCCAUUACGAUAUCUCAACCCAAUAUUGAGCGCAGGAUUAAUUCGUGUUGGUGGCCGGCUGAAAAACGCGGAAAUCGCUCCAGAUGAAAAAAACCCAUUAGUUCUACCCGGAAAACAUCCUUUGACAAAACUAAUAGCAGAAACCAUGCACCGCCAGCAGCUGCAUUGUGGUCCACAAUUGCUCUUGGCAACACUACGUCAGCGGUUUUGGCCAUUGAAAGGACGUAAUCUUGUGCGUGCUGUGGUACAGUCCUGCGUAACUUGCGUCAAGGCUCGACCGAGUAUUAUUUCCCAGUUGAUAGGAUCGUUACCAUCAGUUCGAGUAACGAAAUCCUAUGCCUUCGAAAAUGUUGGCAUAGACUUUGCUGGACCCUUUCAUCUGCGACGUGCAGGUCCUCGUUCUGCCACAAUUAAAUCGUACGUUGCUGUCUAUGUUUGCAUGGCUACAAAGGCAGCACAUCUAGAGCUGGUUAGCGAACUGACUACGGCGGCAUUUAUCGCCAGUCUUCGCCGAUUCAUCGCAAGGCGUGGCCGCCCGAAAAAUAUUUAUUGCGAUAACGCAACUAAUUUUGUAGGCGCCGACAGAGAGCUUCGCGAGCUAUGCAAGCAAUUCAUGUCAGAGCAACAUCGUCAUGCAGUCACAGCCGAAGCAUCAAAUCAGUUUAUACAGUUCCAUUUCAUUCCAGCUCGAUCUCCCAAUUUCGGCGGCUUGUGGGAGGCCUGUGUCAAGUCAAUGAAGCAUCAUCUGCGACGAAUCAUCGGCAAUGCGUUUCUGACUCAAGAAGCCUUCUGUACCGUGCUCACACAGAUUGAAGGCUGCCUCAACUCUCGACCCAUCUCGCCACUUUCGAAUGAUCCGAAUGACCUUCAGGUUCUUACGCCUGGACAUUUCCUCAUCGGUCGACCACUAGAAGCUCUUCCCGAACCGGAGUAUGAGUCAGUUCCUGAGAAUCGUCUCGAUCGUUGGGAACGACUCCAGCGGUACACGCAACACUUCUGGCAGAGAUGGCAUCGAGAGUACCUUUCAACGUUGCAGCAACGCUAUAAAUGGACCAAAUCCACACACAACCUCGUCAUCGGUGCCAUCGUUCUUUUGAAGGAAGAAUCUCUUCCGGUUUCCAAAUGGUCCAUUGCCAGAGUUGUCAGUGUUCAUCCGGGCGCAGAUGGAAUAGUGCGUGUAGCGUCAGUCCGACUGCCAUCCGGCACCAUCACCAAACGGUCAGUCUCCAGGCUGUGUAUACUCCCGAUUGAGGGAGACCUCACGAAACAACGCAUCGGAAAGGUUUCCCCUGGGUCAACAGGCGACCCUAUCACCAUGAAUUAA